AUGGGACUUAAUUUUUCUACACCGGAGACUCUAUUCAAACUGAACCAUCUGAUCAUCAUAGGAUGGGUUGCAUUGAUUCUUGUACCGUUUCACAAAAUAUCCAAAUACUUGACUCUUCUACCUGCGUUAAUAUUAUCAAUCGAAUAUACUCUUAUCUUAUUUUCUCGAGAUACAACAAGUCUUCGAUUGAAUUUCUCGCAUUUAUCUGCAUGGAAAACGUCGUUCAACGAUGCAUUCAUGAUUAUUAGUGCAAGAAAUCAUUUUUCCGUAAUGGAUCUUUGGGUCGCUCGAUGGAUGGUGUAUGAUUUUUAUACUGGAUACACAUUUGCUUACAACGGUACAAAUAAAUCGUGGACAUUCGGAAGAGUUCUUUUGACAAGCGUUCUUUUAAUCACUUAUCUAGUCGCACCAUUUGGAUUCUUACUUUACAAUUUGAUGAAAUAUUCAUUUUUGAAGAAAUAUCGAACUGAAGAUCGAAUAGUUAUCAAACGUGGUCAAGGUUUCCUUGGAAAUUUUCAUACACAAAAGCGAUUGUUUAGUCCUCAUAUCGUUCGAUUCGCUGAUAAACUACCGGAACCAUUACGUACAGUUUAUUAUUUUGUACUUGGUCUCGUUGGGUUGAGCAUUUUAUUCACGAUUGUCCUACCUUCGUAUCUCGUUCUGAUUAUCUACUGUCGAAUUGUUUAUCGAACACAUUUAACAUCGACUUCGAAAUCAUUGCCGAGUAAAAAGGUUCCGGAAUUUGUUCGUAAUGUUACUGCAACAAUGCGAUUAUCAUUAAUCAGUACACCUCUCGACAAACGAAACCGCAUUUGGCAUUUAAAAUUUCUUCUCUUACAGUUUGCCACAUUCAUCGAAUAUAUCGUCAAUUCUUCGCAACCGGCUUAUUUAUUCAAAGCGUUGGAAGAUUACUUUCGUCAAGUGUAUAAUUCUCCGUAUUAUGUCUUGGGCAAUGGAAUAGCGGUGAAUUCGCAUCAAUUAGUUAAACGCUACCUUCAAGAUAUUCGGCCACGUAAAGAUUACGAAUUAUUAGCAUGGGAAGUUUCACAAUCCUUAAUAACAUUUUCUGAUUUUACAACGAUUUUCUUGUCAACAGACGAUCCGGAUGUGAAAUUAGGUCGAACGAUUGUAUUUCAAUGGUUACAUGCAUUUCCGCACAACUUGCAAAAUGGCAAUUUCGAAACCAAUUCGCAACUGGCGCGAAUUCUUCCACGCCAAAUGAAUGAAAAACCGACUGCAGAUGUAGUUUAUCAAUCCGUCGGGGAAGUAUUAUUUUUCCUGGCAACAAGCGGCGAAUUAACUAAAGAUGAACGAGCAGCAUUUAUCGAGGGUGUUAAAAACCCAAUGAUAUUCUUUCCGAAUUGGUUCAAUUUCUUACUGAAUGGUCAUUCCUUGGAACGCAAGAAUCUACGUAGUUAUUAUACUCUUCUUCAAGCUUUUGCACGGUAUGAAAAUGGACCUGCUCUACAAGCUGCUUUUGCAGCGGCAGAGAAGAAGAAGUCUCACGAAGAAGUUUUAAAAUUUCUCACCGUCGUCUUUUGUAUAGCAGGAAGUCCAGCACCGGCGAAAUUAGCAGUGACUGUUAUCGAUCGAUUAUGGGCAGACAAAGAAAAAAAUGUUCGUUUAUUCAAAAAGAAUCCACAUAAUUUCAUUAAAGAAUGCGCUCGAUUGGAUAAAGUCGUUCCAACGGUAAACGUCUUGGCAACUGAUGAAAUCGCCGCGGAAAUCGGGAACUCUUUUCAAAGUCAAAAUAUCAAAAUUCCUGAAAAUACACCCAUUCACUGUUCUCUCGUCAACGCCAAUCGUGAUGAAACAGUUUUUCAAAAUCCUGAUGAGUUCUUACCGGAUCGACCUGAUUUGAAUAAAAUUAUCGUUUGGAACGGCGUUGAAGAAGAUGUGACCAAUCCGGAUAAAAGCAAACGACCUAUUCGUUACUGUCCCGGACAUGAUUUAGCUAUUGAUGUUAUUCAAUUCGUUGCUGAACGAUUUUUACCGAUCAUCGACGAUGCAGAUGACGAACAAAAACAGAAGAAGGAAGAUACGAUAGAAUCUGCAUCACAUGACAAAGAAGAGCAGCAGAAGGACAACAAUGAAAAAGAUAUGGCCUUGUUUGAUCGAAAAACUCGAAAGUUAAACGAAAUGGAAAAGAAACGUUGUUGGAAAACAUUAGACACAUACACAAAAUUGGUUUAUCUCUUAAUGAAAACAGCUGUGAGUGAAUCCAAUCAAUCUCCAUCACGUGCAAUCGAUAUUAAACCACCCUUGACUUUCCCUGUGGAAAAACUCGGUAUAUUUCGAAUUGAUAUGGCGAAAUUUAUCCCAUCAUGGGAUGAAGAUGAGCCGAAUGGCUCGGGUUUAUCAAGAAAACUUGCUCGUUGGUUAGUCAACAGUACUCUAUGGGAUUUUUACGACUGUUUAGCCGAAUUCGACACAUUAGAACAAGCAUUUGCCUGGCGUGCAAGGGUCUUUCCUGAAUUGCCGUUACCAAAUGUUGUCUAUACAGACAUGUUUUCCGACGAAGCAAUGAGUCGCUUAGCAUUUUUCGGCUGUGCUUGUCAUUACACGCAACGGAUUGGUAAUGGAUGGCAGCCUGGUUGUGGGAUUCCUGAACAAAAAUUGCUGACGAAUGCAGUGUAUGUUAAUGAUAUGACUGGUUUAUCGAUCUUUCGUGUUCGAAAACCAUUUGAACGGUACGGAGCAGCGGUGUAUUUCGAUAAAGAUUUUCAAUUAAUUGCCAUUUACUGGUGUCAUGCUAAUCGUUUGGUAGAAAAAAAUGAUCAAUUUUGGGAACAUGCAAAAUAUGUUUGGCGUUCAUCAUUCUUCGCUUAUGUCACUAUAUGUGAUCAUCUGAUUGUCACACACAUGAUCGAAUGUAAUGCUUUCGUGAGUGCAACACGAAAAUGUUUGCCAAGUGAUCAUCCAUUACGAGUAUUUCUGAAACCAUUUACAUAUCAUACAGUUUCAGUGAAUUAUCAAGCUGCAGUGUCACUAGUCAAUCGACGUGGCUUAGUACAUCGCAUAUGGGCAUUUGAUUAUGAUGAAUUUUUGAAAGUGUGUGAUUAUAUAUCAACAAAUUAUAAAUUUCGAUUGUUAACGGAAUUUAUCUCUCCAUCGAUGUCGCCGAAGAAUAAUCAUGUCAGUCGAGAAGAAUGGGACAAGGUUUAUCCGAUUUAUUCAGAUACGAAACAAUUCUGGAGAAUUAUUCAGCAAUAUGUUGCAAAUUUCUUUCAUAUAACUUAUCACCUUCGCGUCGAAAUCGAUCCUGAUGAUGACAAUGAUGAAAAACGUGUUGAUAAGGACGUCUGCGAUGAUAAAUUACCCGUCGAUUCCUACAUGAUGGACUUUAUCGAUGACUUAUGCAAGCAACUUGGAAUACCUGGUAUUACUUCACUAAAGCGGUUCGUUGAUGUUCUAUCACAACUGAUUGCUGAUAGUACAGGUAUUCAUGAACAUGUCGGUCAGAUUAGUGAUUAUAUGAUUGAUCCGAGAUUUAUUGGUGCCAAGUUACAAGAAGGAAGAGAAAUGCAGAAUAUCCAAACAUAUACACAAAUACUGAUUUUGACUGUUGUUACAGGCUUACGUAUGCCGGGAAUAAUGGAAGAUUGGAGUCAUUUAAUCGAACAUAAUCAAGAUUACGAAAAGAAUCUCAAGAAUUAUCACGAUUUCAAAAGUCAAUUACGCAAACUUUCGAAAUGUGUGGAUGAGCGUAAUAAAACACGAAGAUAUCCGUUUCAGUCAUUUAACCCAAGAUUUAUUGAAUGUUCAACAUCGGUUUGA